CAGACAGUGUACUAUGAAAUUGUUUUAUAGAACGAUGAGACUUCUUCCCAUCUUGUUCAUUAGUUGUUUCUUUAGUCUUGGUAGAGCCAAAGACUGUGGUGGAAAUAAUGUUACACAAACCAUAAUUGUCGGUAAGUAUGGGCACGACGCAUUCAGGACAAUUCAGGCGGCCAUUGAUUCUGUAAGAAGUAACAAUGAUCACUGGGUAAAGAUUCACAUAAAAGCAGGCUUGUACAUAGAAAGUGUUAUUAUUCCCGUUGACAAGCCAUGCAUCAUUUUAGAAGGAGAAGGUGGCGGAACAAUCAUUAGGCACUCGGACCACCAGUCAAUAAACAAUAACGCUACAUUAGUUUCUUUCCCACCAAAUGUGCUUGCAAGUGGACUUACUUUUUUGAACUCAUAUAAUGUCGGCCCUUACAAUUUGGCAAACAAAAUCGAACCAGCAAAUGCGGCAAGACUGUUGGGAGAUAAAUAUUUCUUCCAUAAUUGUAGUUUUAUAGGUUAUCAAGACACUCUGUUUGAUCAUACGGGACGUCAUGUUUUUAAAGAUUGUUACAUUCAGGGUGAUGCGGAUUUUAUAUAUGGUUACGGACGAUCUUAUUAUACGAACUGUUUGAUCAAUGUUGUUGGGAGAGUUCCAAAUUUGCCAGGAUUUGUGACAGCUAAUGGAAGAGAGUCAGCAGAUGAUCCUAGUGGUUUUGUAUUUGAAGGAGGUUCCAUUGUUGGUAAAGUUAAAGUGAAUUUAGGAAGAGCAUGGAAACCCUAUGCAAGAGUCAUAUUUAAAAAUACAUAUUUUUCUGACAAUGUAACUCCUCAAGGAUGGGUUGCUUGGUCAGCCGCUGGCAAUGAGAACAGGACAACUUAUGCUGAAGUUGAUUGUAAGGGACCAGGAGCAAAUACUUCGAAUCGUGUUGCGUGGAUGAAGAAACUAAGUUCUUCGGACUUGAAUCAGUUUUCUUUUGCGUCUUUUAUCAAUAGUGAUGGAUGGGUUGACAACUUACCAACAAUAUCUUAAUUUAUUUUGUUUUUUUCUAAAUUAGGUUGAGGUUCUUGUAUGACUAUAUUGGUUGACUGAUUGUUAGUUU